AUGGCUUGGGCGUCCCUGGUUUCAUCGCGACCACCGCCACUUCCCACGCCUAUUCGAAGCUUUCAUAUAUCAAUUGUCACCCUCCAAUCUCGCCUCAACACCAACCUGGCAGCCUUCGCGCUACAACACGCGCUUCGUCGUCUUGAGGAAGAGCGGCAAGCACGAUCAGGAAACAUGGGGGAUUUACAGUUCGCAAAACAGUUUCUGACGGCCUUAGACAGCAAACCGACGAAAUACCAAGCCGACCAUGUCUUCGACCCCCAAACUUUCCAGAUGCGAAUACCGUACACACUCCCUAAGCUUUCGAACCCACCGCAUCCUCCACCUCCAAAGACCACGCCUGCGUCAGCGCCGGCGCCAGGUUCGGAAUCAGCCAACCCGACCGUGACAAUCACAAUGAAAUCUGCCCGUAACCCCAAUAUGACCCUCACUCUGACAUCAAUAGACCCCACGAGCACGACGAUUCAAGCGUUGAAAGAGCAGAUACAAUCCUACCUGGGCGGGCCGACGGUCGUACACCUUGAGAAGAUCAAGGUGCUCCUGAAUAAGAAACCGGUUCCGCCGUCGAAGAAGACCGUCACGGAUGCGCUCGAUGAGAAGAGUCCACGUGGCACCGUCGAAUUUGGAGUCAUGGUGAUGGGUGGUGCUCCCGAUCCGCCUCCGCAGAAGCAGACACAGACUCGGACACGGGCGCCAGUCCCGGUGGAAACGGAGAUGGCGGCCGCGCCCGCGUCAGAAAAGGCGGCUGUCGAAGCCGAGGAGAAGUCAACGGUAUCUUCAGCAAUGGAAGGUGUGGAAACGACGACAACAUCAGCAGAAGCCACUAGGGAGAGUGUGCUCGAGACGGCCGAGUUCUGGACCGACCUGCAAGGGUUUCUCGAGCAGAGGAUACGAGAUCAAGCUGAAGCAGUCAGGCUGAGAGGCGUAUUUGAACAGGCAUGGAGAAGUUCGAAUGCAAAGCCUUAG